AUGGCUCAAGGUAAUUUGAAAUUAAAAGCUAGCGGACCUAAGAAAGUUGUCAAGAAACUGUUAACUCCUAAAAAGGCCACACCAUUGAUUAUCAAGCCAAAGAAAGCACCUGCUAAGCAACAUAAGAAAUUAACAAAAGUCCAACAAGGGCAUUUAAUGAAUUCGACAGAACAGUUGAUUGCUGGUAGAGUAGGUCAUUUAGAAUUAAUUAAGGGAUCCAGAAGACAAAACGAAAGGGAAGAGAAAGCAAGGGCAAAGGCUGGAAAAAAAUAG